CUAUAAAUACGUGCCAAAGGCUUUCCCCCAUGUUACUUACCACCACCGUUCUACUCUAGUGGUUAUGGAGGCGCUCCCCAAGUCUCAGCUUGCCAAGAUAUUGCUCUUCCUCCUCCUCCUCCUCCUCACAACCUUCAUACCCACGUCCCUGAGGCCCUCCUACCUCUACUUCCUUUUCAACAUCCUCAUCAUCGCUCUGGGUGUCGAGGCCGGCUUCCUCAAUGCCAUCUCGGGGCCCCCCGAUGAGAAGAAAUCCACCCCCAUUAUCACUUCUAUGGCUGUACAAGCUCUCCCGGAUAACGGUCGCAGCAGCGGAUCUGUUGACACUGCCGGCCUGCAUGAAGGAAGAGCACAGCCCGUGAAACCCGUGGAGAAGCCAAAGGUGGAGAAGGUCGCCGCGGUUGCUAAGAUCGUCCAGAAGGUGAAGAGGUGCCCGUCGAAGCCCAGUAUUUUUUUCAUCGGUGGUUUCGACGGGGAAGCUGGACUUCAAGAAGAGGAGGAGGAGAAGGAAGAAGAGGAAGGAGAGGAGGUGGUGGUGGUCGGAGAGCUCAGCAAGCAGGAGCUGUUCGCAAAGGCUGAGACCUUCAUCGGCAAUUUCUACAAGCAGCUGAAGAUGCAGAGAGAGGACUCAUGGAAGAAGAUUCAUGGGCUCUACAAUAGGGCUUUCUAAGGCUUUCGGAGAUCUACGGCCUAUAUAUAUAUAUAUAUAUAUAUCUCUAUAUAUCUAUAUAUUAGUUUACGUAGAGGUAACAUGGUAACAUGGUCAUCCUACAUGCAGCAUGAUUUGCAUUUGUUGGGUUGGCAUUGGUGAAGGAAGGAGGGGUCAAGAUAUUUUUCUUUGGCCCCUUUAAUUCUUUCUUUCUUUCUAUCUUUGUUAUCAUAUAUUUGUAUAGAUUGUGGGCUGCUGUCACGUGAUUACUGCUCGUUCUAGUCGAUCUAAAUAAAAGGGUGGAGAAUGGUUAUA